GACCUGGUCCCUACCCUCAGAGGAGAGCACAGUCUGUCGAGGGAAUUUCUGCUGUUUGGAGCACUAACUCAAGGUAGACAUGGUUUGGGCCCCAGGAGAGACACAAAGUGUGCUGCUAUCACAGGUGUAAAAAUCAGGGAAGGCUUCCCUGAGGAGGUACCAUUUGAACUGGGUCUUGAAGAAUGUUUGGAAAUUUGCCAGGUGGACUCCAAGUGAGGGUAGGGCCAAUGAAUAGUCUUUGUAAAACCUAGGGAGAUGAAUAGCCUGGCAAGCUGGGGAUAGCUUUGAGUAGCUAGGAUAGUAGGGUACAGAGGAAGAAGUGAGACUUGAGCAUUAGAAAGUAAGCCAGGAGUCAAAUAAUGAAGGGUUUGUACUGGGCUUCCCUAAAUGCUAGGGGGAGCAUUGAUGAAUUUAAGGCGGAGUACUGACAUCUGUCUCAAUGUGGAGGAUGGACUGAAUUUGGAAUGGGGAAGUGGGGGGUCUGAGGGCGUGGAGACUAGUUAUGACACUCCAGAAAGAAUGCCGGACAGGAAAUGGUGCGGGCUUGAACUAAAGGAGUGACCUGGGGAUUGAAAAGAAAAAACUGGAUUUAAAGUAGCAUGGAUCUGCCCGUGGAUGAGUGGAAAUCAUACAUACUUCAGAAGUGGUCUUUGCUCCCCAAGUCCAUUCAGGUUACAAUUUCUACAGCAGAGACUUUAAGUGAUAUCUUUCUUCACUCAUCUUCGCUUCUUCAACCGGAGGAUGAGAUGUUUUUAAAAAGGCUUUCUAGAGGUUACCUUGUUGGAAAGGACCCCAACGCUCCCCUUUUCUACAGAGAAGAAGGAAACAAAAAAUUUCAGAAGAAGGAUUAUAUGGGAGCCACAGUGCUGUACUCUAAGGGAGUAUCACACUCAAGGCCCAACUCUGAGGACAUUUCACUGUGUUAUGCCAAUCGCUCUGCAGCCCUCUUCCACCUGGGUCAGUAUGAGACAUGCCUUAAAGACAUCGUCAGAGCACAGACGCAUGGAUAUCCAGAAAGAUUGCAACCCAAGUUGCUGUCGCGUAAGGCGGAGUGUCUGGUGACCCUGGGGAGACCACACGAGGCAAGCCAGACCAUCAGUGAUCUUGAAAGUAACUUUGCUGCCAAACCAACCCUGGCAGCUUCCCAACUGCAGAUUCUUCAGAGAACCCUCUGUCGUCUGAAAGUAAAGGUACAAGAAAAGGAGAAUCUCACAGAAACCUCCCCAGCAGCUCUAACCAAAGCCUUUGAGGAUAUGGACCUAAGGGAAGAGAAUGAACGAAUUUCCAGCACAUCGUCAUCUGUCAGCUUAUGUAUGGACCCUUUAAAAGGCCGCUAUCUGGUUGCCACAAAAGAUAUUCUCCCAGGAGAGCUUCUGGUGAAAGAGGAUGCUUUUGUGAGUGUCCUUAACCCAGGAGAAAUGCCACCAUGGCAUCACGGCCUUGAGAGCAAGUGGGAUACGAGAGCUACCAAUGGGGACCUCUACUGUCACCGAUGUUUGAAGCACACUUUGGCCCCAGUUCCCUGUGAUGGAUGUAGCUAUGCCAAAUAUUGCAGCCAGGAGUGUUUGCAGCAGGCCUGGGAUCUCUACCAUAGUACAGAGUGUUCUCUAGGGGGGCUGCUUCUCACACUGGGUGUUUUUUGCCACAUUGCCCUGAGGUCGACUCUUUUAGCUAGAUUUGAGGAGGCUGGCAAAGUCAUAAAUAAGCUUUGUGGUGAGAUUACUAACAGGGAUAUAUGUUUACCUGAAAGUAAGAAUCUGGCGCAAAUACUCAGUUAUGACCUGGGAGGGGAGAGUAAAAAAAAGGGCAAAACAGUUGAGACCCCGAUUCCUGGGUGUGAUAUUAACGGGAAGUAUGAAAAUAAUUAUAAUGCUGUCUUCAGCCUUUUACCCCAUACUGGAAACCAUAGCCCUGUGCACAAAUUCCUCUGUGCUCUGAGUGUUUCUGCACUGUGCAGGCAGCUCGAAGCAGCCAGUUUACAGGCCUUCACAACAGAUCUGAAAUCGUCUAAGCUGAAAGCAGCAGCGGCUCCUGUGUUGUAUCCAGAGUUGAAUAUUUGGGGAGUGGCCAUGCUGAGACACAUGUUACAGCUACAGUGUAAUGCUCAGGCAAUAACAACCAUACAGCAAACAGGUAAGAGGGAAACUCUUUUUUCUGCCUUAAAAUAUUCUUCUUGAUGUAGCUAAUGUUUGCAGAGAAAGGACUGUAAAGGAGAACAGUAGCAUUCAAACAGAUCAGUGGCCUAGGGGAAAACGCAGCUGUCUUAUGAUUAUGCCAUUGAGAAGCUAUGUGACCUCAAAUUAUUUUGAUCCUACUCUGCCUCAGCUUUCUCAUUUGUAAAAUGGAUAGUUUAAUCGCACCUAACUUUACAGAGUUGUGAAGCUGAUGUGUUUAUUUGUAAAAAUACUUAAAAACCCUAUUACCAAAAAAAAAAAAAAA